AUGGCAUCACGUUUCUUCCAAAGCUUUUCACGUUCGGCGCCCACCGCAUCCCGCUCAUUGCAACAACGAAGUGAAGUCCUCGCACCCGUUCUUACCCGCACAUACGCCAGCAGCGCAGCGCCAGGCCAAGCAUCCAACGUCUCCAACCCCCAAGCAAGCAACGCCGAGAGCCAGGACAUCAACAAGAGCGCCUCAGUCGGCCGAACAGACAAGAACGAUGGCGAUCAUGCGUCGAUACAGAAUCCAGUUAGCCACCCAGAGCAUGACCGAGCAGGCGCGACGGAGGAGACAACGGAGAGCCAGGAUAACAUGAAGCACGACCCUAAGGAGUCGGAUGCGAAGAAGAGGGAGAAAACGCUGAACUAUGGCCAGAAUAAGCCUUUGGAUGCCGCGGAUAAGUAG